AUGCCGACGCCGCCGCCUUCGCCGCUGCCACCAGCGAUGCGCCAGCGCCUCAGAGAGGAGACCCCGACGGGCCCGAGCUCCAACGGCUCCGAUGCUCCCUCGUUGGGCGCCGCCGCCUUGCAGAUGGGGCGGCAUGGCGCGGCGGCAGAGUCCGCGAAUGGCGGAUCUGACGAUGAGAAGUUCAGCGCCAAGUCAUCAGUCCCUCCGCACUGCCAGCGCAAGAAGUCCAGCUAUCUCGUCGACUGCGCGGAUUUGACAGGCAAGCUCCCCAUGUCUGUCUUCUCGCAGCGUCGCAAGGUUUUCGCGGGCGAGCUCGAGAAGGACGCGAAGAUGACCGCGUCCAUCCGCCGAGGUUACUUCACCAAGCCUGACGAAGUCCAAGGGGUAUGGAGGGCAACCCUGAGGACAACGAUCGAUGCCAUCGGUAAGCGGCAGAUGGGGGCAGAGACCGAGGCGAAGCCAACGGAGCUCAUCGCGCUCGCGCGCGGUCUUUGCGACAAGGAGGAUGCAGUCAUCGAGGCGCGCAAUUCGCUGCAGGACCUGAAGGCGCAAGUGGGCGCGGUGAAGGCGAAGGCCAGGAAGGCGGCCCACAACCGCCGCAAGCAGAUCCAGGACGCGUUGGCGGGCAACGGGGUGGAGAAGAACCUCGCGAAGUGGAUGGAGAGCGGCAAGCAGAGCGACGAGGCGACGACGGGGAUCCCUGCUGUCGUGCUCUCGACCCCCACGAUGUUCACUAUGGGGCCGAACGGCAAUCCCGUAGAGAAGAUGUUCCACGGGCUGUUCAAACAGAACGCUGACAGGAUCGCGAAGAAGGGCUCCAACGCCGUCGCCAAGAAUGCUGGCAACCCCCCUAUCUCCUCCGUCCAGGUCAUGCUCAAUUUCACCGCUGUUUUGGAGUUCGACGACGGCGGCUUGGAGCAGUUCAAGCCCUUCGAGGCUUGCGCCGAACUGGGCAAGAACCCGUUUAUGAUUGCGCAGGAUCACAUGACGAUGCGGUUCGAUUGCCGGGCAUUCCCGACACCUGGUGUCGGCUCGUGGUUGAUCGGCUACGUCUCCAAGUUCUUCGUGCGGUGCAUCCACAUUGACCUGAUCGUAGAGGCUGGCUGCCCAUCAUUGACGUCCAUCAUCCAGUUUCUCAGCGCUGCUGAUUUCAGCGAGACAUUCCAGUCGAAGGAGGGCGCCUCGAAGCUAUUCGGCUUCGAACUGCGCGAGGCCAACGUGCUGCACAUCCCAGUCGGCUGCGUGCCGCUGCUGCUCGCCACGCCGCAGCGGGAUGAGCCUGCUGACACAUCGGUCACAGUUCUGUUCCCAGCCUUCACGCCUGCGAAGGCGACCCUCAGCGAGAAGGGCUACGCCGAGAUCAAGGCUUUGUUCGAGAAUGCCAUUGUAAAGAUGAGCAACACAAAGACGUGGGCUGAAAUGGUGGCGCCGAUCAGGGCGUAUUUCGAAUGA